AUGAAUAUGCUCCUAUGGCUGCCAGAAAACCCAACAUUCCAACCUGGAUGGGACAUAGAAGAAAUCCAUGCCACAUUUUUCAAAUGCAUCAGUUGGCAAGUGGAAGAAACCUUGGAUAUAAUCAAUUGCCCUUACCAUUAUGUCUGUGACAGAACAUACCCUGAAAAUUACCCUCCUUCUGUUGAUAUCUUGGUCCUUCUUUUCACUACAGCUUCUUACUUGGUGACUCUUGUUAUUGUGAUAAUGGAUAUGAGUUUAGGAAGAGGAAGAAUCUUCUUGAGUCAAUCAAAAAGAUUCCUGUUGCCAUCUGGUCCUAUAUCUCUCCCACUUAUAAUCCUAGCCUUUGCAAAGGGUCCUCAAAUUAACACAAUAUUUCCACUCUCUUGCACUGGUCCUGCAAUUCUUCUACUUGUUCUCAUUUCUGCCUUAUCUUUUGACAAUGGAGCUGAUAAGGACAUUAAGUUUUGAUGCAGUGAUGUCUUCAACAUUUU